AUGGAAUUUGAAGAAGACAUCAAGAAUCUAGUGAAGGUAUCUCUUUUUGCAUCUGUUUCUCUUGGUUAUUGUUAUUUCGUGGGAAAAAACAUCCCGAAAGGGUUUCAGAGACUCUUGAUGAUCCUUCCUGUUGUUCUUACUUUCUUCUCGAUUCCGCUUUUCUUUAAUUCAGUUCAUCUGAUCGGGGCUCUUUCUUUAUACAUCGCUUGGCUUGCCAAUUUCAAACUCCUCCUUUUCGCCUUUGAAAAAGGACCCCUUUCCGCCCCUUCCGUUUCCCUCUCUGUUUUCCUCUCCUUUGCUUGUUUUCCGAUCGGAAAGCGCAACGCAGAGAAAAACCCGAGCCAAAAGUCUAUUUUCAAUUAUGGUGUCAAAGCGCUCCUUCUUGCUAUUUUCCUCAAGGUUUAUCAUGAUUAUGGUGAUGAUAUGAACCGAAUGAUUGCCUGGAUCCUUUUUGCAUGCUCGGUGUAUUUCUUCUUGGAACUCAUACUUGUUGUGAGCUCCAUUACAGUGGAGUUGUUACUGGGGGUCAAGCUUGACCCCCAGUUUGAUGAGCCUUAUCUUUCCACGUCCCUUCAGGAUUUCUGGGGCAGGAGGUGGAACGUGAUGGUCAACCGGAUCCUCUACCCAACCAUUUACAAUCCGGUUCGUACACUAUCAACUAAGGUCAUCGGUAGGAUGUGGGCCCCCGUACCUGCAGUGUUGACCACAUUUGCAGUCUCAGGUCUGAUGCACGAACUGAUCUUUUAUUACUUCACCCGCGAUUGGCCAACAUGGCAUACAAUGCUUUUCUUCUGUAUACACGGAGUCUCGUUGGUAACGGAGAUCAUGAUCAAGAAAUCCGUGAAUUUUCGAUGGAGUUUACCCCGUCACAUAGCCACCCCAUUAGUCAUGGUGUUUGUUUUGUGGACAUCUUAUUUAUUGUUUUUUCCUGAAUUAUUGAGAUGUAAAAUCAUCGAACGAGCGUUCGAAGAUUACAGGGCCAUGGCCAAGAUAGCAACCGGUUUUGUGUAGGCUCCAUUUUUUUUUGUCGACAGUCGACACCAUCAUCAUGUA